AUGCAUUUGUUUUCCCCUUGCCACCUCUGGAAAGCCGCAUUGGUCAUCUGCAUGGCUAAAGGUGUCUACCCAAGUGCUUACCAUGGUCCACCUGAUCAAACCGGCCUUAACGCCGACAUGUUCGAUGACAAAGCCCUCGUCCACCAAGCACCUCAUGAUGGCAACCUUGCCUAUGACGCCGACCGAGCCAAAGAUAGUGACUUAGACGAUGAUGACGACCUGGCUUACGCUGAGAGCAAUAACGGUACGGGUAUCCACUACGGGAAAUGCUACAGACUGUACGACGACGAGCUGUGGCUGGGGGGAGAUUCUUCCCCGUGGAAUUACUACGUCUUCGGGCGCCGUUCAAACGUUCAGACUUUUCAACUCUGCAAAAAAAUGACAACCUGUGAGAGGCAGAACACGAAUGACCAGGAAGUGCGGGACGGUGGGAAGUUCUAUCUUUGGGACUUCCGUGGCAACCACUACUCGAAAACAGGAGAAUUUGCCGCCUGCAACACUUUGGGCAACUUUUAUGCAGCCGGUACCAGCUACCGGAACUAUGCCUACUUCCAGGUUUACACGGAUGAUUGUCCGAAUGGCCAUUACUUCUGCUAUCUUACGCUCAAUAUGGUGGGCCAGCCGUCUGGACACAAUGGACUGCAGAUCAAAAAUAAUUAUCUUCAGAAUGACUAUUCCGGAAGUACUGUCACGCUGCGCUUCAAAGAAGUCAAGUGCCCUGAUCCAUGA